GAGAGAGAGACGGGCAGCCCGGAUCAUUCAGCCUCGCAGUCUUGGCGCCAAUCCGUCUUCAGAGAGGACCUAAACGGCUCGGUUUCCACUCACGUUGGAAUCAAAUUCGCAGUCGGUCGCUGCUUCUUUCACAGCCGUCGGUUGCUUUUGUAGCCACCUAGCUCCGUUAGCACAUCAUCCAUCAUUGUCGUAUUGAUCUGGCCCCCUUAUUUCUGCCUACAGUCACGAUACUCACAACUCAGCGACGCACCGGGACAAUAGAGGUGUGUUUCUCCAGGGGGGCAUCGAGCAGAUACGGCAGCAAAAUGGGGAGGAAGUCCAACAGAGCAAAGGAGAAGAAAGCAAGACGUCUGGAGGAGAGGGCAGCUAUGGACGCUGUGUGCGCCAAAGUAGACGCAGCCAAUAAGCUUGAAGACCCACUGGCUGCCUUCCCAGCCUUCACAAAAUACGACAGAAAUGGGCUGAACCUGCAGAUAGAGUGUAAGCGAGUGACUGCGCUCAACCCGCUCUCUGUGGAAUGGGCCUUCGAACUCACCAGAGCCAACAUGCAGACACUGUAUGAGCAGAGCGAGUGGGGAUGGAAGGAGAGGGAAAAGCGAGAGGAGAUGAAUGAUGAGAGAGCUUGGUACCUGCUGGCCCGCGACGCCGACUCCUCCCCCGUUGCCUUCUCCCACUUUAGAUUCGACGUAGAGUGCGGGGAGGAGGUUUUAUAUUGCUAUGAGGUGCAGUUAGAGAGCAGAGUGCGGAGGAAAGGGCUCGGCAAGUUUCUCAUCCAGAUACUACAGCUCAUUGCUAACAGCACACAGAUGAAGAAAGUGAUGUUGACAGUUUUUAAACAGAACAAGGGAGCGUACCAGUUCUUCAGAGAAGCUUUACAGUUCGAGAUCGACGAGACCUCACCGAGCAUGUCCGGUUGCUGCGGCGACGACUGUUCUUACGAGAUCCUCAGCAGGCGGACCAAGCACGGCGAGGCCUCGGCGGGACACACCCACGGGGGCGGACACUGCGGGGGCUGCUGCCACUGAUCGGCUUCAGUUAGGCCACGUGAUUGGUUAAAAGCCAGCAACUUUAGUUGGCUGCGUGUGAAAGCCUCAGCUGCCUGCUAGUCCACAAGUGUUUUUGAAUUGCAGCGCCCGACGGUGGAACACCCACCUGCAGAUUAAAAGCCGGCAUCUAAAUGCAGCGUGCAGUGUGAGCUUUCACACACAGCUCCUGGUGUCUUUUUUUUUUUUUUUUUUUUCUUGUUUUGUUUUGUUUUCUAGCCCCUUGGUUCAUUGUCCAAGCCAUCUUUUCCCCUUCUCUUAUCGCUGUUAUUACCAGUAUUCAUUUCCAGUCGAGAAAAAGCUGCUGUUCUCCAUCCCGGAGACCAGUCUCAUCUCUUAGUGUUGCUAUAAUGUAUUGUAUCAUUCUGCUUCUUAAACUGUGGUUCAGGACCUAAAAUUGGCUGCUGGCCUUGAGCUGUAUUAGAGAGACUCACUACCUCUGGUCUCAAGUGUAAAAUGGGAUUAGUUAAUUCUUUAAUUCACAACUGAUGCCAUCAACACUAAGCAGAUAAGAUUUAGAGCCGGUCCGUUUCUAUAAUCCAGCUUGGGAUUUCUUUGGGACCCUGCACUGAGACGACUUUGCUUGUUUCACUGAAACUGGGUUCCAGGAUUAGGCUGAAUGUAUGCGAGUUUAGGUCCUGUUGAAAACAGUGUGAGAAGCCCUGUUGCACUGUAAUAUUAUCUGUUAUUACUCUAGUUGUAAGUUAUUCUGUAACAGAAGCACUGCAGCUAGCAGCAGCUGGGAAAUGAUACUACUGUUACAUGAUUACAAUACACUAUCAGCAGCACCACCUGUCUGCUCUAUCAGGUAUAGAUCCAUGUAUAGAUGUCUCCCCUGCUUUUAAUGAUUAUAACUUAUCAGAUAAGAUUUCCAAUGUUGCCUUUUUCUUUGAGUCUCCCAGUAAAAUAAGUUUUAAAAAAAAAAGUUUUCUCAUCAGUUGCUGUAAAUCUGCAUCCAACCUAGUAAAUAUUCCCAGUAUGAUCCUCCCUAUUUCAUAUAUUUUCUCAUCAGAGAUGCAUGCUGUAACUGGAUACUUUUCUGCUUCACUGAAGACAUUAGUUGUGAAAAUGCAUCAUUUGACCAUUUGUCUUCCUCAUUUGUCCACCCAGCUUUAUUUUUCAUUUUAAAGAUACAGAUGAGAAAUUUGUGCCCAAUUACCACCACACAGUUAUGCUGUCUUCAUUUUUUUUUUUUUUUUUAGUGAUUUUUGAAUUUGCAGUACACCUCUUUGCCUCCUUGCUCUCAGUUUCCAAGAGGUCCUGAUGACAAAUGAGUGAAAUGUGAUCCUUUUUCCAGGCCUGUUUGAAAAACAAUGACUAAAACCCAUCCUCCAUCCCAUCUCUUACAUAUCAAGUUGAUUUAACGUGGAGAAGGAUUAGGACAAGUCACCGUUUUGAUUAUAUAGCUGCUUGAAAGCGAAGCAUGAAUGGAUGCACUGAAGGUUAUGGCAGCGCACUUGAGGAACCUGUUUUUAUAGUUUUGUGGCUCUUCUUCCACAGUCUUAAAUUGUUUUCCUGGCCUGCUCCGAUACAAUUUGGUCUCAAAAAUAAACGGUCUUGUCUCAAUCAGGAUUACGCAGCAGCGGCAUCUGAAAUUUAUUUGCCCCGUGGGAGCCGGUAUCUGAAAUUCUCAUGUUGGUCUAACAGCAUUGCUUAAAUAUUUUCUGCAUUUUUCCAGUGACUGAUGGUGGGUGUGAAAGGGGGAGCAGCAGGACAUUUGAAGUUAAAGCAGAGGUUAAAACAGGUUUUUCUUAAAGCUGCUUGUUCACUUAAGUAGUCUAGAAUAAUAAUGUUAGUUUAAGUUGUCUGGGCUGAAAUCUAUUAGAAAGGCUGCUGUAACCACUCUGACCACAGUGAAUCCACGUCUGUUUACAAGCCCUUUGAUGUAUUUUUGGACUAAAUUGAUAUGUUUUUAAAUUUGUUUUUAAUUCUGAUCAUGUCAAAGCUGGAACUGAGAUUUAAUUACAUUAAAGGGGGUCUAUUAUGCAAAUUUCCAACUCCAUAGAUCUGCUUUUUUUUUUUU